AUGGGUCACGCCAAGUGGGCAUGCAAAGAGCACUUGCCAACGGCCAGGGAAAUCUUUUGCUCACAAGUGGAAACCCUUGGUUUCAAAACGUGUGGACGCACAACUCAGGUUCCCAUCAUAACAGGGAUACUUGAUAAAGAGGAGAAUUUAUUGAUCCCACCGAUUCCACUCUUUCAAAUGACUAAGGUAGACUCCGAUGGGACGGAACAGCUUGUAGCUUGUUGUUCCCUUGCUUGCGCCGUAGAACAUGUACUUGAAGGGUGGACCAAAAGGAAUAUGAGUGAUGAUCCUUUGGCUGAAUGUCAGGAGAGGAUAUCUAAUGCCAAAGGAAUCGGACUUCUCAAUUACGGUCCUGAAGCAGGAGAUACACUGAUUGAUAUGGAACCCAUGCGCGAGAAGAGUAUGAAUGCCUGGUCAACCGAAUCCAAGGGACAGAGUGAUGAAGAACUGAGCGGAGAUUCAGACAAUGCAAGUGUGGACAAUGAGAGUGCUGCCAAUCCCAAAAUCAAUAUCAACGACAAGAAUACUGACAAUGCAGAUGAUGACGGUGACAGUGAUCACAAGAAAGAUCUUCAAGAUGGGAGAUUCAUUGACUUUACCUCCACUUCACAACUCCUGAAGGCUCUCAUGGGGGAGGUGGGAGAACAGAUAUCAGAAAGUAUCCACCCCCUUAAUGACAUGGGAAUAUGUAUUUGCAACUCUCAAAAACAAUCAUCAGCGGCAGAAAUUUGGACCACAAAAGUAUCUUCUAAAUUUGUCUCGAGCUGUAAACAUGACGGUGACAACUUCAGAAUUCCUGUUGCCAUCAUUUCAGAGGUCUCAGAAAUUGGUGACAUGGUUACUGUGCAGGUGCUCUACCCAAUGAAAAGAAUUCUAGCGGAUGGGACUAAGGAACAGAUUGGAUGCUGCACUGUUGGUUGCGCCUUCAAACAUUUAGUUCAAGGGUGGAGUAAAGGUGACAACCUCUGUACGGAGCUUCCAUUCGAGUGGGAUUCCGAUGAUGAAGCAGAUGAAGACCCAGGAAUGGAGCAACAUCUCCGCCCGAGACCGGGGCGUACGCAGCCCCGCAUGGCGUGGCUGAUGGAAAGGGGGUUGAUUGUCACGAAUUUCAGUACUCGUAGAGUAGUAUAA